AUGUUAAUAUGGCAAGGUCAUUGGGCUAGGGAAUGUCCUGACGCUAGAGAAAAGGGCAUGGAUGUUAGAAGUGGAAAAUGUUUUCGAUGUGGUGAAAUAGGUCAUUUAGCAAAAUAUUGCAGAGGAAAACCAGGAGGUGGUAAUGGCGGUGGCGGCGAUUAUGAUCGUAGAGGUCAUUCUUCUCGAUAUUCAAGAAAUAGAUCACCUCCUUAUUAUUCGCGUGGUGGUGGGGAAAUCGAUCAAAAAGUCCAUCGAAGUUAUAAACACUAA